AUGAAAGAUGGCGCUGAGUUCCCGCGCGGUUCUUCUUCUUCUCCCGUUUCCGGCGCGCGGUGUAAACUUCCGGCCGGCUGUGUGUUGUGUGACGCGCGGCGGCGGUUCUGCUCGUCCCGGAGGUUCUGCCGGUGUUUCGGUUCGGCGAUGGCGGCUCUUCACCCCGGAGAUCCGCAGCUGGUGUCGGCGAUCGUGAAUCACCUGAAGACGGAGGGUCUGUUCGAUCAGUUCCGCAGAGACUGUCUCGCGGACGUGGACACAAAGCCGGCGUAUUUGCACUUAAGACAGCGAGUCGACAACUUUGUGUCCAAUCAUCUGGCAAACCACACAUGGAGCCCUCAACUGAACAAGAACCAGCUGAGAAACAGCAUCAGACAGCUGGUCCUGCAGUCAGGGAUGUUGGAGCAGGGAGUGGACAGGAUCGUGGCUCAGGUCGUCGACCCGAAGGUCCAUCACACCUUUCGACCGCAGGUGGAGCGGGUCGUCCGGAAGUUUCUGUCUCCAAACGGCCACAUAGACGAGGACGAGCUUCCUCCUGUAGCUCCGCCCCUUCCUGCAGAACACCUC